AUGGAACCAAGGAACAAUGUGACAUUCUUUGUCCUCUUAGGCCUCACACAGAAUCCAGAGGAACAGAAAGUGCUUUUUGUGAUAUUCCUUCUUUUCUACAUUUUGACGUUGGUGGGCAACCUGCUCAUUGUUGUGACUGUUACUGUCAGUAAGGCCCUGGAUUCACCAAUGUACUUCUUCCUUGCUAGCUUAUCAUUCAUGGAUGUCAUUUAUUCUUCAUCCAUUUCUCCCAAAUUGAUUUCAGACUUGUUCUUUGGGAAACACACCAUAUCUUUUCAAUCUUGUAUGACUCAACUCUUUACAGAGCACUUUUUUGGUGGGUCAGAAGUCUUUCUUCUGCUGGUGAUGGCCUAUGACCGCUAUGUGGCCAUCUGUAAACCAUUACACUAUUUGGUUAUCAUGAGGCAAUGGGUGUGUGUUGUGUUGCUGAUGUUGUCCUUAGUUGGAGGACUUCUGCACUCAGUAGUUCAACUUAGCACUAUUUAUGGGCUCCCAUUUUGUGGCCCUAAUAUCAUCGAUCAUUUUGCAUGUGACAUGUAUCCCUUAUUGGAACUCGUCUGUACUGACACCUACGUCAUUGGCCUCUUAGUGGUGGCUAAUGGAGGAUUGAUUUGUACGAUUGUAUUUCUGGUCUUACUCAUCUCUUACGGUGUUAUCUUGCAUUCUCUAAAGAACCUUAGUCAGGAAGGGAGGCGAAAAGUCCUCUCGACCUGUGGUUCACAUAUCACUGUGGUUACCUUCUUCUUUGUUCCCUGUAUUUUCAUGUAUGCAAGACCUACUAAGACCUUCCCUAUUGACAAAUCAUUGAGUGUGUUUUAUACAGUCAUUACUCCAAUGCUGAACCCCUUAAUCUACACACUGAGAAAUUCAGAGAUGACAAAUGCUAUGAAGAAGCUGUGGAGAAAAGUCUUAUUAGGAAGUAAAUAA